GCGCAACAGUUGAAGAGGCAGUGAGAGGCAGAGGAACCCAAAUAGCACUUGAAAAUGUGGCAAAACCCACGAAUUCUGCAAUCAUCAUCAUCUUAUCAAAUCCUUCGACCCCCACCAUGGUUACUGCUGCAUCAUCCACAGAGACAAGCCAUCUCUAUGCAUCAUUCUACUACCACACCCACACCCACAUCUACAUCUCCUCCCAUAUCCAAACACACCUGCUGCAGGCUCUCACGCCGGGACAUUGCAAUUCACAGUGGCUCUUCCUCACUUCUUCUCUUGUGGGCUCAGACCAUGGAGCCAUUCUGGUCAUCCAAGGCAUGGGCAGAGGAUUAUACUUCAAACGGUUAUCAAGGAGAAAGUAAUUUGAAAAAUAAUGGCUGCAACAACAGUACCCCUACACAGCGAGCCUUCCUUGACAUUUCCAUCGAUGGAAAGCCAGUGGGACGGAUUGUAAUUGGGCUUUAUGGUGUUGAUGUACCAAUUGGCACCACAAGGUUUUCCAAACUUGUAAGUGGAGCUGCAGGUAUCAGUUACAGGAGAAAGGAGUUUGUGAAGAUCAUGCCUAACUACAUUCAACAUGGAGGGUUAAGAUCAUAUGGUGUAGAUGUAGAACUUGCAAAGAAUACUGGGAGUGAAUUGGCUGCAGAUAGUCUUCUCAAGGAAUGGGAGAAGGUUUAUGAAGAAUGUCAGGGGACCAAGAAUUUGAGCGGCUCUGUGAGCAUUGUUGUCAGGGACCCAUCAAAACCACCUCCAAAAUUGAAGCUCAUUGCACGGAAAGGGAAAUUAGAGAUUGACCAAGAGGAAGUUGGGGUUAAUCCUAAUGGGACUGAGUUUGUGAUUACCACUAGAGAUGCUCCAGAACUUGAUGCUUCUUCACUGGUUGUUGGAAGAGUUUUAGAUGGAAUGGAUGUAGUGGAGAGAAUAGCUAGCGUGAAGACUGUGCAAGAGAACACAAGCUCUCCUUAUUUCAGGGUGGCAAAGUUGAUUGGAGAUAAGAGAGCUGUUGUUGCAGAGAGAGGCUUUAAUCGACCGUAUGCAAAGAUUGUUAUUACCAAUUGUGGCUUAAUUGAUUAGCAUUCAAAUC